AUGAAAUCUCUCCAAAAAUUACUCAAAAAUAACAAAGACAUGGGACAUUAAUACAUUGAUUUUAUGUAGCUGUUUGAAAAGAAAUUGAAAUCGUGUAUCAUAAAUCACAAUUCACGUAAAAAUAUUCUUGCUCAAUACAAAUAACAACAAUACAUCCAUUCUCCAAUGCCUUUUUUUGAAUCUGAAGAGCUGGUAGUAUAUGGUUCUUUUGAGAAUAGUAAUAUUCAUGGAUGUUGUCAAGAAGAAAAGGGAGUGUUGAAUGUUCUACUUUCCAGUGAUACUAAUACUUAGGGUUGCACUUAAUGGUUUUACUUUGGAAUUAAGAUGCACAACAAAGGAAAACUAAAAAUACGUAUAUUAAAUAAUCGUAGAUAAAACACUCUCUUUAAAGACUGCAAUCAUGUUUAUGUGUUUGAUAAUGAAAAAUGGAGUGUUGGUUAAACCUAAGAGAUGUACUAUUAUAGAACAAACAUUAAUCACCCAUUCUAUCAUCACGAAGAUGCUGGCAUAGCUUAACUUCAAUAGAACUUUUCUUUGUACACAUUAGAGUUCACGUACGAAUUCAAACAGAGUGAAAAAAUUGUAUUUUUUGCAUUAACUCGACCAUAUCCAGUCAAAAAACUUUAAAGAUUCAUUGAUUAGUGUCCAUUAAAAAGAAAGUCAGUCUGCAUCACAACCUUGGGAUUGCCAAUUUGGUAGAUCAAGACUCCAAAAUAGAAUGGAUAAUAAAUUGUUGUAAUUUUGGCUCGUCAACAUCCGAGUGAAACAGCUGGAUCUUUUAUUUGUUAAGAGAUCUUACGUAUACUAUGUAAAGGACAUUAAAGUAUGUAAAAGUAUAGAUUCAUAAUAUAUCCAAUGGUAAAUCCAGAUGGUGUUUUUCUGGGGAAUUCUCGUUGUAAUUUUAAUGGCGUCGACUUAAAUAGAAAAUGGGACAAUCCAAAAUAAAAAACAGAACCUGAGGUGCAUUAUGUUCUUAAAUCAAUAUCAAAAUAUUCUAACAUUGCAUUUAUGAUAGAUUUGCAUGGUCAUUCAAAAAAGUUCAAUCAAUUUCUUUAUGGUUGUUUACAUGGCAAGAGUGUAUCAGAGUAUAUGAGGAUAAGAUAGUUUGGGAAGAUUCUCGCUCAUCAUAAUGAAGUUUUCUCAUUUAAAAGGGAUUGUUCAUAUGGUGUUAGUCCUGAUAGAUUUGGUACGGCUAGAGUGGCAUUAUGGAAGAGAUUGAAUAUAGCAAAUUCAAUGACAAUAGAAACGAGCAUCUACGGUUAAAUGGGACGAGCCUUUGGCUUAGAAGAUUACCAUGCCCUUGCUUAAAAUAUAUUGCGAGCACUUGACCUUUAUAAUGAGCAGGUGGACUCGCCAGAAUUGAACAUCAAUAGAGAGAUGAGCAAGGCACUAAAAUAUGAUAGUGGAAGUGAUUCGGAGGCAGAAUAGGAUUUGAUUAUUCCAAAACCAAACAGGAUUAAAAUCACGUCGAGAAAGGAAUCUUCAUGUAAGCAUUAAUCCGUUGGAUAUGGAGGAAUUAAACAGAAAAUAGAGACUCCUCAAUUGAUACACCAACAUAGUUAAUUUUUCAAAGAUUAGUCGUUUGUUGAAUUGUUACCGCAACCUUCCAAGCUUCUUAGUCACAGUCAAAACAGAGUUCAACUUUAGAAGAUAAGGUCUCGAAUGAACUCAUUCUAAAGCCAAUACAUAGAGGAAUAGCCUAAAUUAGGAAGUAUGAUAUCAGCAUUGCAAGUGAAAUAAUUAUUUAAAUGA